AUGGAAGUCACUCUCACCAACCAGACGGUCCCACAUUCCAAGAUGCAUGUUCACAGGGAGACUUUCGAGAGAACCGCUUGGUAUCUCAUAGGCCCUCGAGGUGUUUCAUAUUGGCGAUUCUUGAUCGGAGUGACUAUUCAAAUGACUUUUACCACAUUGAUCACGCUGGCAAAUCAGAAGGAAUGGAUUCACGCAAAAAUGAGUCCAGAGUUGAUUCCUGUUUUAGGGACUAUUGUUGCCCUAGCAUUAGGGUUCAAAGUGGCGAGUUCGAGUGCCGAUUGGUCAGAAGCUAGAUGUAUUUGGUCCAGAAUCUCUGCCUCUUCAAGAUCAUUAGGAUGUUUGUUCUGGAAUCACGUCCGCUGUCCGAAAGAAGAACAAACUCAAAGUAAACUUGAUGAGCUAGUGACUCGAAAGAUCAACCUUCUUCGUUUCCUCGACCUUUUUGCAAUCGGUAUCAAAUGUGCUUUUGGAGGUGAACUCGAUCCUGCCCAUCAAAAAGAUUACGACGAUUUGUUCAAGAUUUUAGAAGUGGGUCACGGACUACUUGUCAGACAAAUCCCACCUUCGUCUCGUUCUGAAGGUUUCCGUACCAAGCUCGCCCAACUUUUAGGGCUAAGUGCUAUCGUGCACAAUCGGGUGGUAGACUUUACUGCCUCCCGUUCAAUCUUAUUUACCUUAUCCCAAUGUAUGGCGGACAUGAUAGACGAUCGUCAAGUAGAUUAUGUCAUUCAAUCACGUAUAUUCACCCAAUUGGCGAAUCUCGAACAAGGUAUGGCGGACAUGUCAAGGCUCUCAAACGGUCCACUUCCUCCCAUAUACCGUUUUCAGCUUCAAGUGGCAGUAUGGACUUUCCUCUUUCUUCUUCCUUUCCAAGUUAUCGAUGAAUUAGGGUGGUACACCGUGCCCGUCAUGUUCCUCGCCGUGGUGACAUACGAAGGGUUCUUAGAGGUUGGAUUGCAGAUAGAAGAUCCGUUCGUGCAAUUUGAUGAUUUGCACGUACAGGAAAUGACGGAAGCUUUGAGGAAGGACCUUCAUCAUAUUUGUAAAACCUCAAGUGAACCUCUCGUCCAGACCAUAGGGUUGACGGUAGAUGUUUCCCCUAGAAGAGUCAGAACCAGUCUUCCUGUCACUCCUAUCACUCCAAUGUCUGGUAGGAAUUUCCCAAGGGCGGGUACGUGGGUAUAG